GCCUGGACAACAACUGCCAGGCUUUCCUCUUGGUGGAUGAUGGAAGUGUUGGCCGCCGGGGGGGAGAGACAAGCUUUCGUCUUAAUCUAGAGGACUACAUUUCCCACCAGCGUACUGGCAUUUGGGGUAGUGGCAGUAUUGAAAUCCCAGUUCUAUGCAUGCUCAUCUCAGGAGAUGCCAGUAUGCUGGAGAGAUUAGAUGCCUCCCUGAGGAAAGCUACACCCUGGCUGGUUCUCGCUGGUUCUGGUCCAGCUGCAGACCUUAUCAGUGAGCUGCUGGGCAAUCUCUCCUCUGCUUCCCUCAGUCCCACCUCUCCUCCAGCAGAGGGCGAGGCUGCUGAGGGUCUUAGCCCAGAGCUCCGUGACAGGGUCCGUGAAAAGGUCCAGAAAUACUUCCCAGCUGAGGCAGAGCUGGAGAGACUGGUGGAUAGAGCUCUGAGUAUUUAUCAGAACAGAGAGCUCAUCACCAUUUUCCAUGGGGAACAGGAGGGUUCUGAUGAUUUUGAUACAGUUCUUCUCAAAGCUCUCGUAAGGGCCAGUAAACGUGUGUCCAGUGAAGCCAGUGAGUACACUGAAGAACUGAAACUGGCUGUUGCCUGGAACCGAGUGGACAUCGCCAAAACUGAGCUCUUCAAUGGAGACAUACAGUGGAAGUAUGAGGACCUCGAAGACUCCAUGACAGACGCACUAAUCAACGACAAGCCCCAGUUUGUGCGUCUCUUCUGCGAGACUGGUCUAAAUAUCCUGGACUACCUGACAUACCGCCGCUUGGAAAGCUUGUACCAGUCACUGUCCGACAGCUCGCUGGCCUACGUUCUGCUCCAGAGGCGACUGAGCGAGAGGCAGGGCCUGGCUGGAUCCCUUUACAAUGUGGAUGGAGAUGUGACAGUACCUCUGAAGAGUCCCCAGAGUCCACUAACUGGACCUGCCUCAACAAUGGAGCUCAGCAUGUAUGAGGUAUCCCGCCUGCUGUGGGACCUGUUGGGUGAUGUCUGUCAGCCUUUCUACUAUGGACCUCUGGGCCUGGACCACAGGAUCAGCACCAGGAGGGCUCUUAAGCAAGUCAAUAAGAUGCUGCUGGGGGAGUGUAUGUACCGGGACCAGCGCUGUCUCUCACCCUGGGCCGCCCUCUUCAUCUGGGCUGUCCUGCAGAACCGCAGUGAAAUGGCUGUUUACUUCUGGGAGAUGGCAGGGGAAUCAGUGCUGAGCGCUUUGGGUGGAUGUAAGAUUCUGAGGGAACUUUCUAAGCUCGAGAGUGAAACUGAGAACAAGCUGGCCAUGAAGGAACUGGCACAGAAGUUUGAGAACUUGGCACAUGAUGUAUUCGGUGAGUGUUACCAGAGCAGCGAAAAUCGCUCCUUCACUCUCCUCAUAAGGAAGUCUCCAGUGUGGGGUGGGGCUACAUGCCUGCAGAUGGCCACUGCAGCUGACGCCCGGCUGGACCAAGAGGAAGAGGUUAAGUCUUUGGAGGUCAACCACAUCAGAGACAAUGAAAGUCUGGAUGGGAAUGACGCCACCGUCUUCUCUCUUGCUGACAUUAUACAAAAACUCCUUGCCAUCCAGCUCCAAGAGACCAUUUAUUGUGUCCCGUUGGAGACAGUUCUGGUUUGCCCCUGUCACCUCCUUCCUUGGAAACGUGCUGAUGUACUUCCUCUUCCUCUGCCUAUUUGCCUAUGUUCUAUUGGUGGACUUCAAGCCCCCGCCCCCUCACGGCCCCUCCACUCUGGAGUUUGUGCUUUACUUUUGGGUGUUCACCUUAGUAUGUGAAGAGAUUCGGCAGACCUUCUUUGUGGGCGGUAAUUUUGUGAUCCAGAGAAUGAGGAACUACAUUCAGGAUGUGUGGAACAAGUGUGACCUCACAGCCAUCGCUCUCUUCACUUUGGCUCUGUGCUGCAGAAUGUUUCCCUGGUCAUAUCAGUUUGGCCGAGCAGUGAUGGCCAUAGAUUAUAUGGUGUUCACUCUACGUCUGAUCCAUAUCUUUGCCAUUCACAAACAGCUUGGGCCCAAGAUCAUCAUUGUUGGCAAAAUGAUGAAGGAUGUUUUCUUCUUCCUUUUUUUUCUGGCUGUGUGGCUCAUGGCCUAUGGAGUGGCUAAUCAGGCGCUCCUCUACUCAUAUGAUCCCCGCCCUAAUUGGAUAUUACGCCGAGUGUUCUACAGACCGUACCUGCAUAUUUUUGGUCAAAUUCCCAUAAAUGAAAUGGAUGCUGAUAAACUGGGGGACAUCAACUGUACAAACGACGCAACACGAAUUGAAGCAGGAGAUGAGCCCUGUAUGAACACCUUUGCCAACUGGCUGGUUGUCAUUCUCCUUGUCAUCUACCUACUGUUUACCAACAUAGUUCUGGUCAACCUUCUCAUUGCUAUGUUCAGCUAUACCUUCUCAAAGGUACAGGAACGCAGUGACACCUACUGGAAGUUUCAGCGUUACAACCUGAUUGUGGAGUACCACUCGAGGCCCUGUCUGGCACCACCCUUCAUCAUCAUCUCACACCUCCACCUUUUCAUCAAGAGAUACAUCCGCAGCAUCCCCUCAGUCAAGAGCAAACACUUUGUUCUGGAGCUGCGGGGGAGAAAGGCCAGCCGCCUCAACACAUGGGAAGCUAUCCAGAAAGAAAACCUCCUCUCAGCUCAGAAUAAGCGGCAAAGGGACAGUGACAGAGCACGACUCAAAUGUACAUCUGUCAAGGUGGACAGUGUGCUGAAGCAGAUGGCAGAGAUCCGUGACCACGACCAAAGCUGGAAUACUGUUGUAGCGCCCUCACCUGGAUGACGGACGCUCUGUCUCAGAGCAACCUGAUAAAGGCUAACUGCCCCCCUCCACUCCUCAGAGAUAUGACUCCUCUGUCUCCAAGAUGACUCCAGGAUCUCUUGGACACACACACACAGUUUACUCAGGGCCUAGUUUGCUAUUUUGCCAAUCAUAUAAUUUGUUUUACUUUAUUGAUUUUAGAUGUGUAUUUUUGUGUAUUUUAAUUAGGACAAAUAUAAAUGUUUUUACAGUAGCUCCAGCAUGCACUGCUGUCUGCUAUAGUGCCUCUUUUGACCCUACCAGUAGGAGUCGUCGACGUCUGGAAUUUUUAAUUGAUUUUUAUUAUUAUUAUUAUUACACACAGGGGCUAAACAGAGCUUUAAAUGACCCAGGAGUGCCUUAAUGUUUCUGCUCAGUUGAGUAAAGGUGGGGUAAGCCAUUGUAGGUAAUGCAAUUCUAAUACAAUACACUUUUUGCAUAUUCAAUGUAGCUUUCAGUUCUGUGUGAAGAUCCAGUGUUUCUACAUCAGCACGCAGACCCCUGGAUUGGUCUAAAUGUACCAUGAACUGGUCGAUGGUCCGAUUCUAAAGUUAUGAAUUGGUUGACUGAAGUUUGCUGUUAACAGCAUCUCCGCUCUCAUGAAAGGUAAAAGGUCAUGUCCUGGGUCUCACGACAAAAACAACGAGAGUGGGUACAUAGACAUACAUGUCCGACAACACCAACGCGUUUUGGAAUACAUUUGGUUUCUAUAAGAAGGGACAAAAA